AUGGCAUCUUUAUAUGAAUUGCUAGACAAUCCCAUCGAUUUUAACCAAAUCAAGCCUUCUGUAGAUACGUCUCAUUUGGGAUUAUUGUGGAAUGACAUCAAUGUCCUGCUGUACGAUGAAUUUUGCGCUCUAUCGCCCUGUUUCUCUGCUGCUGUCGCUGCUCCAGAUUCUCCCAUUUGGUCUACCUCAACAUCGCCUACUUCCAGUAUUAGCAGCGGUAGCUGUAGUGGUAGUAGACAAGCCUCUCCUUCGCCUAUUGAAGAAAACACCACCUUUUUUGAUCUGAUGGCGGCGGUGGACGAAGAAAAACCUCAUAGAUGUUUGUACUGUAUUCGUGCCUUCUCCAGGCGCCAUGAUUUAGAGCGCCAUGUGCGAGUCCAUACAGGUGUCAAGCCAUACCAUUGUCCUUGCUGUCAAAAGUCAUUUGCAAGAUCAGAUGCGAGAGGUCGUCAUUUCCAAUCAAAUCCAUUAUGCUCACAAAAUGAUCUAGUUCAGAAGCUCAUUCACAAGCGAAAGGCUCGUACAACUAACAUUAAACGAUAUUAA